UACUCUUAACAUUUGUGGUCGUGAACUCUCCACAUUUUCUCUCACGGUGACCCACCAACCAAGCUCUUUCUAUACACCUCGCAUUAAUGGCCCCGUACUUCCUGCAACUAGUCUCUCCGCGUUCGAGUUUGGACCAAUGGCCUCUUUCUCCCCAUUAACGACUCACCUCUCUCUAAAAACCACUAUCUUUCUCUCUCCUCCCCAACUGAACACAACUCCUCUCUCUCCUCCCCAAACAACACAAAACCAUCUUGUAAAACCUGGUUUCACUGCAUCUUCAAUAAUCAAACCACCGUUCUCAAAAGACCACAUAUGCUACGCAGUAGCUGAUGUUGGGCAUGGAGUUUCUGGAGAGAGAAAGGAAGAGAGAGAAAAUGGGGCUGUUUUGUUGGAUGACAAAGUGGAAGAAGAAGAGGUUGCAGAGUACAAUUGGAAAGAGGAGUGGUACCCAUUGUACCUAUCAAAAGACGUUCCUGACGAUGCCCCUCUGGGAUUGACAGUUUUUGAUCAUCAGCUUGUUCUAUAUAGGGAUGGAAAUGGAAUUCUCCGAUGCCAUGAGGAUAGAUGCCCUCACAGAUUAGCAAAAUUGUCCGAAGGUCAGUUGGUGGACGGAAGAUUGGAAUGCCUAUAUCAUGGCUGGCAGUUUGAAGGAGAGGGUGAAUGCGUGAAAAUACCACAGCUUCCGGCUGGUGCAAAAAUCCCCCGUGCGGCCUGUGUCAAAUGUUAUGAGGUGAGGGACUCCCAAGGUGUCGUGUGGGUGUGGAUGUCAGACAAAGAGAUCGCAAACCCCAAAAAACUCCCAUGGUUCGAGCACUAUGACAAUCCCGAUCUUCAAGAGGUUUCUGCUAUCCAUGAGCUCCCGUACGAUCACUCAAUCCUUCUCGAAAAUCUCAUGGACCCUGCCCAUGUCCCCAUAUCACAUGACCGAACCGAUUGGACCGCAAAGAGGGAAGAUGCUCAGGCCCUUUGGUUUAAAGUGAUGGAGAGAACACCUCGAGGUUUUGCAGGAGAAUGGGGCAAAGAGAAGGACCUGACAUCUAAUUUCUUAAGGUUUGAAGCCCCUUGUGUUCUCCAAAACAAUAGAGAAUUUGCCGACAAGAAGGGAAAUAAGCAGAUAUUUUCAGCUCUAUUCCUUUGCCGACCGGCAGGGCAAGGGAAAUCAAUGCUUAUAGUGAGGUUUGGAGCCACCAUAAGGUCCCCACUAAUGAAAAUUCUUCCGCAAUGGUACUUUCAUCAAAAUGCUUGCAAGGUUUUUGAGCAAGACAUGGGGUUCCUCUCUUCACAAAAUGAAGUUCUAAACAAGGAUAAGCUUCCCACCAAAAAACUAUACAUUAAUUUGAAGUCCUCCGAUACUUGGGUGGCUGAAUAUCGGAAAUGGAUGGAUAAAGUGGGUCAUGGCAUGCCUUAUUACUUUGGGCACCAAACUUUGGCACUACCAGAGAGACCAGCUCUUGUGGAGCAUGCACCGGCAGGCCUGGUUGCAGGUAUAGCUGCCUCUUCUCCUACAAAGGGGGGUUUGGGUUCAUUACAUGUUUAUAACCCGACAAAUCGAUACUUUCGACACGUGAUCCAUUGCAAGGGUUGCAGGGGUGUCUUGGGAGCUUUCCAAUCUUGGAAGAAGGCUUUUGUGAUUUUGGCACUGGCUUCUGCAAGUUUGGCCAUUUUAGCUUCUGGGAGACAAUGGAAGGCGCUUCUCUUAUUUUCUACAUCUAUGUUUCUUAUGGGGGUUUAUGGAUGUUCAAAGGUUGUAUCUGUCCUCACUACUGACUUCAUCCGGCAACACAGGAGAGCUUAAAGGAAUAGAAGCAGCAAAUGAAAGGGGUCUUCAUUUUUUUUAAACUCUCGGACAUGCUAAGUGCUGAUAGGUAAAAGAUAAGUUAUGUAAUAUUCUUUCUUUUUCUUCUGUAAGUUAAGUACACUGGCAUCGCAAGACGUCAUCUUCAAACCUAUAAUGGGAUCUAGUGUUCUAGUGCUUGUAAAGAUAUGGAUUUAUGGUGGUUUUAAUGCACUAUGACAAUUGUACCAUUUAGAGUUUAAUACACAAGGAUUCGUGAGCAAA